ACGCGCUGAGCGGAAGCGGUCGUGCUCGUCUUCCCAUUGGCGGUAGUGGCCGGGGAAAGUAGCAUUUCUCCGGCUACAAGAUGGCGACGGGAGGAGCUUCGCGGCGGGUGUUCGAGCUUUUCGUGGCUCGCGUUCCCUGGACUGCCUCGGCAAAUGAAGUAAAAGAAUAUUUUAGCCAGUUUGGUACUGUGAGAAAGUGUACGCUGCCAUUUAUAAAAGAAACAGGCUUCCACAAAGGGUUUUGCUGGGUUGGAUUUACUACAGAGGAAAGCCUAAAGACUGCUUUGCAGAAAGAAAAUCAUAUCCUGGAGGGAGUUAAGCUUGAUGUUAAACUUCAAAGAAGCAGAGAUUUUUCACGCCAACAGUCAGACAGAACUGCUGACAACAGUUAAAGGAAGGAGACUUUAUUUCACUGUCAUGUAAACAACCUAAAAUAAACUUAGGGAUCUGUAUUCAUCUCAAAUGAAUUGCUUGGUUUUUUAAGUCAAAAUGAACUAUACAGUCACAGCAGAGUAACAGCCAAUUACAACACCCUCCCCCCUUGCCAAGUACAUUAGAAUAAACUAUGUACACAGGGAGUACAUAAUCUGAUGGAAUAAGCAGUUUUAACUAAGUAGAACUCAAUAUUUAUUAGGGAAUAUAUUCUCAUCCUAAAACAACAGCUUAGGGCUUCACCGGUAUGCAGACAAAGGGGAAUGGCAUAGCUAAAGUCCAAAAUGUGUAAUGGAGUGGUCCAAUUUUCGCUUCUCUGUUCUCUGUGGAAGGUGUCACUAGAAGAUUUAUGGUGCUUUGGAUCCACAAUAUAGGGCAGUCAAUUGGUAAAGACU